AUGGUAUCACUAGAUGUGACUGCAUUAUUUACUAAUGUUCCUAAAGAACUUGUACUUAAAGGCAUUGAAAACAGAUGGCAUGAAAUUUCUAAAGCCACGAAACUUAGCUUACCUCAAUUUUCACAUGCAAUAGAUCUAAUUCUCAGUUCAACUAGCUUUUCUUUUAAUGACCAGAUAUAUGAACAGAUCUUCGGUAGUCCCAUGGGGUCUCCCCUAUCCCCUAUACUAGCGGAUAUAAUUAUGGAUGACCUAGAGACACACUGUAUUAAUUCGUUGGAUUUCGAGAUACAAGUGUAUUAUAGAUACGUUGAUGACAUAUUCCUAGUCCUCCCUGAGGACAGACUCCAAGAAGUGUUGAAUACUUUUAACAACUACCACCCUCGUCUACAAUUCACCUCCGAGAUUGAGAGUAAUAAAACACUCAAUUUUCUUAAUGUGUCUGUCCUCAGGGAAAACAACAAAAUGAUAACGAAUUG